GGCAGUUACCUCGUUACAGGCCCAGAUGCACUGUUGCUUUAGAAUCUGGAAAGAAAACAGGAGCCCUAGUUCACGCCUCAGCCAAAAUGCAAGAACAGGCAAACCGACGCCGCCAGCCAGUCCCCAACUACAGUCCGGGUCAAAAGAUCUGGCUGAAUGCUAAGAAUCUUAACCUUAAAGUUGAGUCCGUUUUAUUGGUCCCUGCGAGAUCCUGUCUAUCAUUAACCCUUGUGCCGUUCGUCUUAAGCUGCCCUCCUCUCACUGUAUCCAUCCCACCUUUCAUGUAUCCCAGAUCAAGCCCCCUGAGUCCUCCCUGUCAUCCUUCUCCUCUGCCCAGGGUCAUUGGUGGGGACCCUGUUUUCACUGUCCGCCACCUGUUGGAUGUCCAGCGGGGUUGCAGUGUUCAGUAUCUGGUCAACUGGGAGCGAUAUUGCCCUGAGGAACGGUCAUGGGUGCCCCACAGAUACGUCUUGGACUCUUCCCUGAUUGCUGACUUCCACAAUCUCCAUCCUGACAAGGCUGGGUGCCUCAUUAGGAUCCGCUUCUUAUACCGGGUCCUUGCCUCCACUCAGCACCAGAUCACAGACUCAUGUUACCAAUCUCCAAGCCUGGCCCUUCUCCUGCAACUACUCCACCCCUGCUCUCAUACACCUGGGACUCUGGGCCCAUUCCCUAUGGACUACCCCCAUCCUGGAUACCCAGCAUAGUGCUGUCCCUGCCCCGCCCCCCGCUCUGAAUCCUGCUUCGCACAUUCUAUAUAUUGUACAUAAAACCCUGAUUUGAUUCACCAACUUCCAUCUCUGAGUCU